CCCGCUGCUACCGCCGCAGCCGCAGCCACCCCCAUUGUCGUCUCUGCUCUCCUCGCGGAUCCAGGGCAUGGUUGAUGCUCCUGCUCCCAGCCUCGGCGGCGGUGAAGCUCACUACCCACCCGCGGAGACAUGAGGCGCAGGCCGCGGGCCGUCCUGGCGCUGGGGCUGCUGCCCUUCUGCUUGGUCCAGGCCAACUUUGCCCCCCAUUUCUUUGACAACGGAGUGGGCAGCACCAAUGGAAACAUGGCCCUAUUCAGCCUCCCAGAGGACACCCCUGUGGGUACCCAUGUGUACACACUGAAUGGGACAGACCCAGAGGGAGACCCGGUCUCCUAUCACAUCAGCUUUGACCCCAGCACCAGAAGCGUCUUUUCUGUUGACCCCAAUUUUGGAAACAUCACUCUGGUUGAAGAGCUGGACAGAGAGAGGGAGGAUGAGAUUGAAGUCAUCAUCAGCAUUUCUGACGGCCUGAACCUGGUGGCAGAAAAAGUCGUGAUCCUAGUGACAGAUGCCAAUGACGAGGCACCCAGGUUCAUCCAAGAGCCUUAUGUCGUCCUGGUUCCUGAGGACACACCUGCUGGAAGCAGCAUCUUCAAGGUCCAUGCAGUGGACAAGGACGCUGGCUCUGGAGGGAGUGUCACCUACUUCCUGCAGAACCUGCACUCCACCACAUUUGCCCUGGAUCGCCASAGCGGAGUGCUGCGCUUGCAGGCCAGAGCCACUCUGGACUAUGAGAAGUCCCAGACUCAUCUUGUCACUGUGAUUGCCAAGGAUGGCGGGGGCAAGCUUCGAGGGGCCGACAUCGUGUUUUCAGCCACCACCACUGUCACAGUCAAUGUGGAGGACGUUCAGGACAUGCCUCCUGUCUUCGUGGGCACACCCUACUAUGGCUACGUGUAUGAAGACACCCUGCCGGGCUCAGAGGUGCUGACAGUGGUGGCCAUGGAUGGAGAUCGGGGCAAACCCAACCACAUUGUCUACAGCCUCGUGAACGGUAGUGACGAAGACUUUGAAAUUAAUGAGACAUCUGGAGCCAUUUCGGUCAUGCAGAGCCCUGCCCAGCUCCGGAAGGAAGUGUAUGAGCUGCAUGUACAGGUGACAGAGAUCAGCUCUGCAGGAAGCCCAGCUGCCCAGGCCAUCGUCCCUGUCACCAUCAGGAUUGUGGACCUCAACAACCAUCCACCAACAUUCUAUGGAGAGAGUGGGCCUCAGAACAAGUUUGAGCUGUCCAUGUAUGAACAUCCGCCCCAGGGGGAGAUCCUGCGGGGCCUCAAGAUCACCGUCAAUGACUCUGAUCAGGGAGCCAAUGCCAAAUUCAACCUGCGGCUGGUGGGACCCAGAGGCCUCUUCCGAGUGGUCCCACAGACAGUCCUAAAUGAAGCCCAAGUCACCAUUAUUGUGGAGAAUUCAGACGCCAUUGACUUUGAAAGCUCUCAGGUGUUAACCUUUAAGCUCCUGGCCAUUGAAGUGAAUACUCCAGAGAAGUUCAGUUCCACGGCAGAUAUUGUGAUCCAGCUCCUGGACACCAAUGAUAAUGUCCCCAAGUUCACUUCUCACUACUAUGUUGCCAGGAUCCCCGAGAAUGCCCCAGGGGGCUCCAACGUGGUAGUUGUCACAGCUGUGGAUCCAGACACAGGACCCUGGGGCAAAGUCAAAUACUCCAUCUAUGGGACUGGGGCCGACCUGUUCCUGAUACACCCGUCCACUGGGCUUAUUUACACCCAGCCCUGGGCCAGCCUGGAUGCUGAAGCCACUGCUAGAUACAACUUUUAUGUGAAGGCUGAGGACAUGGAGGGCAGGUACAGCCUGGCUGAAGUAUUCAUCACUCUACUGGACGUCAAUGACCACUAUCCCCAAUUUGGAAAAAGCAUUCAGGAGAAGACGAUGGUCCUGGGGUCCCCAGUGAAAAUUGAGGCCAUAGAUCAGGAUGCAGAGGAACCCAACAACCUGGUGGACUAUUCCAUCACCCAUGCGGAGCCAGCCAAUGUGUUUGAAAUUGACGCACACACAGGAGAGAUCAGGCUCAAGAAUUCCAUCCGGUCCCUCGAUGCUCUGCACAACAUCACACUUGGAGGGGACUGCACAUGGUCUUUACAAGUGCAGGCCAAGGACCGAGGCUCCCCAUCCUUCAGCACCACAGCCUUACUCAAGAUUGACAUCACAGACACUGAGACACUGUCCCGAAGCCCCAUGGCUGCCUUCCUAAUACAAACCAAGGACAACCCCAUGAAGGCCGUGGGUGUACUGGCCGGUAUCAUGGCCAUUGUUGUGGCCAUAACCGUCCUCAUCUCCACUGCCACUUUCUGGCGUAACAAGAAGUCCAACAAGGUCCAGCCCGUGCGACGUGUAUUCCGCAAGCGUUUCAGACCUGCUGCACCCCGCACUGCCCGCACUGAGUGGCUCAAGUUCAGGAAGGACAAGUCUGCCACCAAGUUCAUGCUAAAAGAGGAUCCUACCAAUGAGAACUGCAAUAACAGCACAGGAAGCCCAUUGCCCCCCACAGCUCCAGCUCUCCCUCCACCCCCCAGAAUGGUGCCCAACACAGUCACCUGCUGUACGGUGCCUACAGUCUCUGGAUCCCUCACCCCAGAGAGAUCCCAACAGUCACCUCAAUCUGAGGCCUUGGGAAGCCCCACCCAGUUGACUCUGGUCUCUGAGCUCAAGCAAAAGUUUGAGAAGAAAAAUACAAACAAGGCUUACUUCUAG